GUAUACGGUAUCCUCAACAAGUUCGCUUUGUGGUAUCUGUACCUGCUGAAUGGCAAUAUGAAGCGAAGGCAAUUAUGAGAGAGUGUAUGUAUAAUGCUGGUUACUUGGAACAUAGGCAAUCAGAAAAUUUAGAGUUUACAACUGAACCCGAAGCCGCUGCAAUUUAUUGUAUGAAAACUUUAAAUGAGCAUCAUUUAUCAGUUGGGUCAUCAUUCUUAAUUGUUGAUUGCGGAGGAGGAACUGUGGAUCUUACAACUAGAACUUUAUUACCCGGCAUGAAACUUGGUGAAAUUACUGAACGUAGUGGUGAUCUAUGUGGUAGUUCUUAUGUUGACCGUGAAUUCCUCAAGUUCCUUGGUCGAAAAUUAGGAUUCGCAGCAAUGAAAAAACUAAAAGAAAAUCACUAUGGACAAAUGCAAUAUUUGGUCCAACAAUUUUGUUCAAGAGCAAAAUUUUCUUUUAACGGAAAUCCUAACGAAUAUACACCAAAGGAAUUGGAUAUUGAACGUAUAUGCCCUGCAUUGAUGCAGUAUGUUACCGGUCAGGCCAGAGAACAAAUGGAAGAGGCUGAAUGGUUGAUUGAUUUAGACUUUCAAACAGUGAAAGAUAUGUUUGAUCCAGUUGUUAAAAAGAUUAUCGAUUUGAUUCAAAGGCAAUGUGCGUCGACCGAACGUAGAUGCGCAGCUAUGUUUUUAGUAGGAGGAUUUAGUGAAAGUCAAUACUUGCAAACUCAAAUUCGUCGGCAAUUUGCGACACAAAUCCCAAUUAUUGCAGUUCCUAAACACCCCAUAGCAGCCGUCGAGCGAGGUGCUUUAGAAUAUGGUUUAAAUCUGGAUAUUGUCCAAACUCGAGUUUUAAAAUUCUGUUACGGUGUAGAAGUUAGCGCAAAAUGGGAUAAAUCAGAUCCACCGGAACGUCGUACACCUUCCGGCCGUAUAUUCCGAUUCCAUCGGUUGGCAUUAAGAGGUGUUGAAGUUGCCGUCGAUCAAAAAUUCUAUUAUACGGCCGGACCAGUAGUUCCGAAUCAAACAGACAUGACUUUUAAUAUUUUUAUUACACCUGAUAAUAACGCAAAGUAUUGUGACGAAGAUGGAAUGAAAAUGUUAGGAAAAAUGAAAAUUGAUUUGCCGGACCCACACCGAGGAAAAAAUAGAUUGGUUGAGUUUACUUUAACAUUUGGUACUAUGGAAGUUAAGGCUACUGCAGUUAAUAAAAGAACUGGACAGGUUUAUGAGAGCACUUUCGUUUUAGAAUUUUAA